CAACAAGAUUGUCCCGCUGUCGGCUUGUCAUUGAUGUCAUUGUGACUUAAUAUUUUUCUGGAUAACUUUCAAUUCAACAAGAAAUUUAUAAACAUCAUUUCUUAAGCAAAUACUACAAUCACGCAAUUAUCCAGUUAUUUAACAUAAAUUUUCAUCAAUAGCAGAGGCCGAUUCACUACAGCGAUCUUGUAAUUUCUCUUAUUUAAAUUUCUAAUUGGUCAAUAAAAUGUUAGUGCUGGUGCUUGGUGACCUUCACAUCCCUCAUCGCUGCAGUAGCCUGCCUCCGAAAUUCAAGAAACUUCUCCUUCCGGGUAGGAUUCAGCAUAUAUUAUGUACUGGGAAUCUUUGUACGAAGGAGUCUUAUGAUUAUUUGAAGACUUUGGCCAGUGACGUCCAUGUUGUGAGAGGGGAUUUUGAUGAGAACUCAACAUAUCCUGAGCAGAAGGUGAUAACAGUAGGUCAGUUCCGUAUCGGGCUCAUUCACGGCCAUCAGGUGGUUCCAUGGGGUGAUGAAGAGUCUCUCGCUCUGGUUCAAAGGCAACUAGACGUGGACAUCUUGAUCUCCGGUCACACGCACCGCUUUGAGGCUUAUGAGCAUGAGAAUAAGUUCUACAUUAACCCGGGCUCGGCUACAGGGGCUUACAGUCCGCUAUUCAGAAACGCCACACCCUCCUUCGUCCUCAUGGACAUCCAGAGCUCCACCGUGGUCACAUACGUGUACAAACUCCUCGGCGACGAAGUCAAGGUUGAGAGGAUCGAGUUUAAGAAGGCCCAGUAAUUUCGAAUAAC